CCACGGGGUCACUCUGCCUGUGACAAGCGGGUCAGUGACUCCCCAGUGGCCAUCGCCCUCGUGGCCUGAGCUGGCCAUCUCUUCCCCCUCAACCACCGCAUGCCUGAUCUAGAGAGGCCGACAGAAACUCUAGCAGCUGCCCCUUGUGGGACCGGAGCGCGCGGAGAAAUGUGUGCGCAGCGGGGCUGAAGGCCCCCGCGACAUUCCGAGCGGUCCCCGCCUCCGCUGCCUGGCCCACGAGGCCGCUGCUUGGGCCUGGGACCCGGGAGGGGGCUGCGUGCCGGCUCCGGGCACUGGGAUGCGGCAAAACAUUGCAGUACGCGCCAUCGCCAGCGGCUCCUCCAGCCGCGUCGCUGCCGGCCCGAGGUAGCGCACGGGGGUGGCAGUGACCGUGUCUCUCCGCGGAGCCCCCCACCGCUGCCCCAGGCGGACCGACGGAGGUUUCUUGUGCCAGCUCCAGGGGAGACACUUUGGCCCACCAUCCCCAGUCGUCUGCCUCUCUCAGGCCAGUUCCACCGCACGGGCGCGGAGCUCCAGGCGCGGCACUCUGGUGGAUGCCCGAUUUGUGAUUAUUUCUCUUUAUUCAGAAGCAUAAAGUUGUUUGCUGAUUGCAAGAAGAUGUUUCUUUGGCUCUUUCUGAUUUUGUCAGCCCUGAUUUCUUCAACAAAUGCAGAUUCUGACAUAUCGAUGGAAAUUUGCAAUGUGUGCUCCUGCGUGUCAGUUGAGAAUGUGCUCUAUGUCAACUGUGAGAAGGUUUCAGUCUACAGACCAAAUCAGCUGAAACCACCUUGGUCUAAUUUUUAUCACCUCAAUUUCCAAAACAAUUUUUUAAAUAUCCUCUAUCCAAAUACAUUCUUGAAUUUUUCACACGCAGUAUCCCUGCAGCUGGGAAAUAAUAAACUGCAGAACAUUGAGGGAGGAGCCUUUCUUGGGCUCAGUGCAUUAAAGCAGUUGCACUUGAACAACAAUGAAUUAAAGAUUCUCCGAGCUGACACUUUCCUUGGCAUAGAGAACUUGGAGUAUCUCCAGGCUGACUACAAUUUAAUCAAGUAUAUUGAACGAGGAGCCUUCAAUAAGCUCCACAAACUGAAAGUUCUUAUUCUUAAUGACAAUCUGAUUUCAUUCCUUCCUGAUAAUAUUUUCCGAUUUGCAUCUUUGACCCACCUGGAUAUACGAGGGAACAGGAUCCAGAAGCUCCCCUAUAUCGGAGUUCUGGAACACAUAGGCCGUGUUGUCGAAUUGCAGCUGGAAGAUAACCCUUGGAACUGUAGCUGUGACUUGUUGCCUUUAAAAGCGUGGCUGGAGAAUAUGCCAUAUAACAUCUACAUAGGAGAAGCUAUCUGUGAAACGCCCAGUGACUUAUAUGGAAGGCUUUUAAAAGAAACCAACAAACAAGAAUUAUGCCCUAUGGGCACGGGCAGUGAUUUUGAUGUACGAAUCCUGCCUCCAUCUCAACUGGAAAAUGGCUAUACCACUCCCAAUGGUCACACUACCCAAACAUCCUUACACAGAUUAGUGACCAAACCACCAAAAACGACAAAUCCGUCCAAGAUCUCUGGAAUCGUGGCAGGCAAAGCCCUCUCCAACCGCAAUCUCAGUCAGAUUGUGUCUUACCAGACGAGGGUGCCUCCUCUUACACCUUGCCCAGCGCCUUGCUUUUGCAAAACACAUCCUUCGGAUUUGGGACUGAGUGUCAACUGCCAAGAGAAAAAUAUACAGUCCAUGUCUGAACUGAUGCCGAAACCUUUAAAUGCCAAGAAGUUACACGUCAAUGGCAAUAGCAUCAAAGAUGUGGACAUCUCAGACUUCAUUGAGUUUGAAGGACUGGAUUUGCUCCAUUUAGGCAGCAAUCAGAUUACAGUGAUCAAGGGAGAUGUGUUCCACAAUCUCACUAAUUUACGCAGGCUGUAUCUCAAUGGCAAUCAGAUCGAAAGACUCUAUCCCGAAAUAUUUUCAGGCCUUCAUAACCUGCAGUAUCUGUAUUUGGAAUACAAUUUGAUUAAGGAAAUCUUAGCAGGCACCUUUGACUCCAUGCCAAAUUUACAGUUAUUGUACUUAAACAAUAAUCUUUUAAAGAGCCUGCCCGUUUAUAUUUUUUCUGGAGCACCGCUUGCUAGACUGAACUUGAGGAACAACAAAUUCAUGUACCUACCUGUCAGCGGAGUCCUUGAUCAGCUGCAGUCUCUUACACAGAUUGACCUGGAGGGUAACCCGUGGGACUGCACUUGUGACUUGGUGGCAUUAAAGCUAUGGCUGGAGAAGUUGAACGACGGGAUUGUUGUGAAAGAACUAAAGUGUGAGACGCCUGUUCAGUUUGCCAACAUUGAACUGAAGUCCCUCAAAAAUGAAAUCUUAUGUCCCAAACUCUUAAACAAGCCAUCUGCACCAUUCACGAGCCCUGCACCUGCCAUUACAUUCACCACCCCGCUGGGUCCCAUUCGAAGUCCUCCUGGUGGCCCAGUGCCUCUGUCUAUUUUAAUCUUAAGUAUCUUAGUGGUCCUCAUUUUAACUGUGUUUGUUGCUUUUUGCCUUCUUGUUUUUGUGCUCCGACGAAACAAGAAACCCACGGUGAAACACGAAGGCCUGGGGAAUCCUGAGUGUGGCUCCAUGCAGCUGCAGCUGAGGAAGCAUGACCACAAAACCAAUAAAAAAGAUGGACUGAGCACAGAAGCUUUCAUUCCACAAACCAUCGAACAGAUGAGCAAGAGCCACACCUGUGGCUUGAAAGAGUCAGAAGCCGGAUUCAUGUUUUCAGAUCCUCCGGGACAGAAAGUCAUUAUGAGAAAUGUUGCCGACAAGGAGAAAGAUUUAUUACACGUGGAUACCAGGAAGAGACUGAGCACAAUUGAUGAGCUGGAUGAAUUAUUCCCGAGCAGGGAUUCCAAUGUGUUUAUUCAGAAUUUUCUUGAAAGCAAAAAGGAGUACAAUAGCAUAGGUGUCAGUGGCUUUGAGAUCCGCUAUCCAGAAAAACAGCAAGACAAAAAAAACAAGAAGUCACUGAUAGGCGGCAACCACAGUAAAAUUGUUGUGGAGCAAAGGAAGAGCAGCGAGUAUUUUGAACUGAAGGCAAAACUCCAGAGUUCCCCCGACUACCUACAGGUCCUUGAGGAGCAGACGGCUUUGAACAAGAUCUAGGUCAUGCAAUCUUACUUCAUACAGAGGACAUUUAUUUAAUGAUGAAAGUGCCUUGUGUUGACUUUUAACUUCCAAAUACUAUAUUAUCAAUAGGCAUAGAGGCAGGUGUUUCCAAGGGUGUGUCAUUAACUGUAGCUGCAAAGAUGUGUCCAGUAGAAAAGAAUUUCCUUAAUAGAUUUUACUACAUAAAACCUAUACUGUGGAGUUCUGUGGGGAUACUGCAAACUCUAUUGCCAAAGGGAUGCUUUAUAUACAUAAUACACUGAAUUUAACCUCAAGAGGCAAAUCUGUUUUGUACCCCAAUGCAAAACCUUCGUCUCUUUGUGCUUUGUAAAGCAAACUCAAGAAAACUGGUACCAGUGUUUGUACCUCAGCUGGGUCCUUCAUCUUGCACGUAGAUUAAGUUGGUGGAACUGGAAUAAUCCUUUUGAUUUGUGGCAUUGUAACAACUCUGUAAAGAUUAUCUGAAAAGUGAAAAAAAAAAAGCAUGCAAAGAGAGAACAUUCGAUAGUAUUUGUAAAUCGGUAACCUUUAUGGCCUGCAUCUUGAAACCGCUGGAUUUAUAAUGUAAAAUUGUGCAAAUAUUUGUUUAAAAUAUACCAUGCAUUACAUAAGUAUAAAAUAAAUUUGAACACCUUAAGCAUUACCUGUCUAUACAUAAAACCUAAAAGAGAAAAAAAAUCAAUGUGAGUUACAUAGCGUUUGUGGUGAUCUGAAGAAAUACGUGAUGUUUAUCAGAAUUAAACAUGGCUCAAAUUAACUAACAUUAGAGUUUGUUCUCAGUUAUGUGAAAUACCCACAAUCCUUAAAGGUUGUCCAAAAUUAGCCAAGUGCUUACCGUGUGAGCGCACCCAAAGCUAUUUUUGUAACAUAAUUCAUAUUUAUGAAGUACUUUGUAUACUAAAUAGGAAAAUAUGUACUCCUUAAUAUGUAUUUAAGAUGCCUGAAUUGUUUUCCUGAUCACAGGGAAUUUAUCAAUAAGUAUAAAUUUAGACAGAAAAUGUAUACCAAACCGAAACUGAAGCUUAUGUGUACAGAAAUAUUCUGGACAUUGUGAUCAGGUAUAAUUUAAAAACAAAACAGACAAAAAAAACCCCAAAAACAGACAAAAAUACAAAAAAACAGUUCUGUGCUAUUCUUGGGAAUUUA